GCCCUCAGUAGAAGUAGAGGCACCCGUGAAGAAAGCAUUGCUGGAUGUGGAUGCUUUAGAAGCGCAGCAGCAACAGAGGCGUUCAUCCAUGCAGACACGCAGGGUGUCUCUUGCUGAAGCCAUCUCUGACUGGCCAACUCUUAUGCCUAGAAAGAUUAAGAAAGAGGAGCCAGACAAGUUCAAUGAGGAAAUGCAUGACAUCAGAACAUUGGAGGGAACCAAGUCUGUCACAUUUGUGGCAGAGUUUUGUAAACCAGAUGCCAAACUAAAGUGGCUGAAAAACAAGCUGGAGAUCUUCCAUGGCCACAAGUACCACUUUGAAACAGACCAUGAUGACUACAAGCUGACCAUCAACAAUGUCAAACUUGAGGAUGCUGGAAAGUACACCUGCCAGUGUAAUUCCGUCUCCACCUCAGCCUGGCUCUAUGUUGAUGCAAGAGAACCAGAAUACUACUUCACACAGAAACUGCCUGAAACAUACAAGUUCCCAAGGAAGAAGGGGGGAAGCAUGGAGUGUUUUGUCUCAGAUCCUCGGGCACGAGUGAAAUGGUUAAAAGGAGAUGAAGUUCUUGAG